CCCUUUUGGAAGGACUACACAGCCCCUUGGCUUCGGCAACGCCAAUAAACCGACAAUGUUGCGUUGACAACAGGUUACUUAGCACAAAGCUUUAGAUCUAGGUUACUUACGGGAUAUUAAGCAGUGGACAAAAUGGCGCAAGCUAAGAAGGGAGACAAGCAGAAAGGACUUGGUGGAGUACCUAUUACUUACAUCGCUGGAGCAUUGCUGGCUGCGGCUGCUGCUGCAUUUUUCGCCUUGCGCGGCCGGGCGCAUUUCACGAAGGGGCCGAUUCUGACGCCGCUGAAAGCGCCAAAGGUCACCGACCUUCUAGAGUUCGAUGCGGCCUACAAGGAUCGCAUGCUGUGGGGCAGUUACCGGUCGGGGCUCUACUUCGGCAUGCGCACACGCACGCCCAAGGGCCUGGUCAGCGGGCUGAUGUGGUUUGACCCGGACGACUUCCAGACGCUGCAGCAGUACCGCGUACGACACGAGGCCAGCCAGGGCGACGGGCUGGCGUCGUACGGCUGGAAGCGACACGACGGCCGCACCUACGGCCAGCAGGUGCUGGUGGACAACGACUACAACAUCACGUUGUCCAUGCUCAAGUCGUUCGGCGAGGGCAGCGGCCCCGGCGGCGACUGGUCGGUGCGGCUGCAGCUGCGGCGCACCAGCGGCAUGCCCACGCAGCGCCGCCGCAUCAGCGUGGUGAUCUACAUGGGCGACGAAGACACGCCGCGGGAGCCCUGGCAGGUCCUGCCGGACGGCGAGGUGACGGACCUGCGCCCGCAGCCCGCCGCGCUGCUGACGGGCGGCAGUGCGGCACUGGGGCGCGGGGGGGCCAGGUGGGCGCUGCACGCCAUGGAGCAGGCCACGGAGCCUCCCGCCUCCCGCCGCUCCCGCGGCUGCCGUGUGGACUACCUGGGUAUGAGCACGGAGGGCCACAAGCCCGACUACCUGCUCAAGGUGCGCGAGCUGCUGCUGUCCACCAUGUACGAGCGGCUGCAGAGGCAGCCCCCCAGCGACAAGUUCCGGCUGUACCUGCCCAACGGCGCCACCACCAACUCAGACCUGGCGCUGUUCCAGGUCACGUGCGUCAUCCCCUCCACCGUGGACUUCGCCUUCACCAGCAGCAGCGGCGACGUGUCGGACUCCAGUGAGCGGCUGGAGGGGCUGCUGGGCCCGGGGCUGGACGGCCCACUGGCGGCGGCGGAGGCGGCGUUCGACCAGAGGUUCGACCGCGUGUUCGGCGAGGGCAUCGCCCGCGCGCUGCAGCCGCAGCAGCAGCCCGACUCCGCCGCCUCCCCUGACGCCUCCACCCCUGACGCCCCUGACGCGGCGGCGGUGGUGGAGACGGCCAAGGCGGCGCUGUCCAACCUGCUGGGAUCCAUGGGCUACUUCUACGGCAGCUCGCUGGUCCGCACCGGCCCCCCCGGCUCCGAGCCCGCGCCCUACUGGCCUGCGCCGCUCUUCACCGCCGUGCCCAGCCGCUCCUUCUUCCCUCGCGGCUUCCUGUGGGAUGAGGGCUUCCACCAACUGCUGCUGCAGCGCUGGGAGCCGGCCCUCAGCCGCGACGUGAUCGCGCACUGGCUGGACCUCAUGAAUGCACAGGGCUGGAUCCCCAGGGAGCAGAUCCUGGGCGAGGAGGCUCGCGCCCGUGUGCCUCCCGAGUUCGUGGUGCAGCUGCCCUGGCACGCCAACCCGCCCUCGCUGUUCCUGCCCAUUGCCCACAUGGCCGCGCAGCUGGGGCGGGCGCAGCAGCAGGCUACAGACGGCACCGCCGCCGCCUCUGACGCCGAGUCGGCUGCCGAGCUGGAGCGGGUGCGCGCCUUCCUGCGCCGCGCCUGGCCGCGCCUGGCCGCCUGGUACAACUGGUUCAACACCACACAGGCCGGGCCCCUGCCCAGCAGCUUCAGGUGGCACGGGCGCGACCCUCUGGCUGCGUCCGAGCUCAACCCCAAGACGCUCACCUCGGGGCUGGACGACUACCCGCGCGCCUCCCACCCGGACGACUCAGAGAGGCACCUGGACCUGCGCUGCUGGAUGGCGCUGGCGGCGCAGGCCAUGGCGGACAUCGGCACCAGCCUGGGUCUGCCGGCGGCGGCGGUGGCCCGCUACGCCGCCGCCGCCGAGCAGCUGUCCGACCUGCGGCAGCUGGCGGCGCUGCACCUGGACCAGGGCAGGGGUGUGUUCGCGGACUGGGGCACACACACAGAGGAGGUGGCGCUGGAGGUCAAGAGCAUUGUGGUGCCGGGCGGGGAGGGCCAGCCGCCGCAGCGCCGGGACGUCAGCGAGCGCGUGACCACCGGCUGGCCGCAGCCGCAGUUCGUGCCGCAGUUCGGGUACGUGUCGCUCUUCCCCCUCAUCAUGCGGCUGCUACCCACCGGCCGGGAGCCCAACGCUACUGCCAGUGCUGCUGCGACUGCUGCUACUGCCGGUGCUACAGCCGCGGCGGGCGGCGCCGCGCUGACGCUGCAGCAGCUACAGCUGCUCACUGACCCCAGCCUGCUGUGGAGCGAGCACGGGCUGCGGUCGUUGGCUAAAACCGCCUCGCUGUACAAAAAGCGCAACACGGCGGACGAUCCGCCGUACUGGCGCGGCCAGAUCUGGAUCAACGUCAACUACCUCGUACUGCGCUCGCUGUCGUACUACGCCCGCCACGGCAGUCCAGAGGUGGCGGCGGCGGCGGCCGCCGCGCACGACGAGCUGCGGCGGCGGCUGCUCCGUACGUUGGUUGGCGGUUACAAGCGGCAGGGUUACUUGUACGAGCAGUACGACGACGAGUCGGGCCGCGGGACGAGCAGCCACCCGUUCACGGGUUGGACGGCGCUCGUGACGCUCAUCGCGGCGCAGGAGUACUAGGGCAGGGCUGGUGCUGGUGUUCUUAGCAGUUCUGGCGACAGUGGUGUGAGCAAUUUUGGCGUGAGCAGUGCUGCUGUGCUGAAGGGCUGGGUAGGACAGCGCUUAGUAGUAGAGUGCUGGCGUAGGUGCUGGCGUGCUGUAGAUGCCGCUGUGGGUGCUGGAAUUCUGAAGGGCUGUAGUGCUGGUGCGUGUACCGUAUGUGCUGGUGUGCCACUGGUUCUAGGGCGGCGGCUAGGGAGUUGUUGUUGUUGUGGGCCUGUGUGCGUGGGGACUCGGCGGCUGACCGCAUCACCAGCGCACCGCGAAGCAGCAUGUGGCUGGUGACCGCGGCACACAGCGCGUGGAGGUGGCAGGGCCGGGCCUGGGCGGCAGGCUUGCGUGUGCCGAGAGAGCUGCACGUGCGUCCGUGGUCUGUGGAUUGCGCAAUGGGCGGUUCUGGCGCUAUGCUUGUGUGUUGGGGGGGCCGUGGGGCUGGGAGCUCAGCCGGACUUGUCGGCGGCAGCAUCAGGACGCAUGCGAGCGAGCUGGGGUUGCACUCACCCCCCUUCGUUCUGGCUGCUGUUGCCAGGCCUGGGGCUGAACGAGUGAGUUGCGUUGCAGUUAUCGACGAUACUUAACAAUGCGAAACCGAGAAAGCAAGCGAGGGGGAGGACUAUCCUGGAGGCUUGCCGUACUGUUGCAAGGAGGCGCGACGUCGCUGGAGCCUAGGGAUUGAUGUGAGGACGCGGACGUGUGAGUAGACCCCUUCACAGAUAGUCCCUGGCACGCGUCUUCUAGGCAAUGCCGGCAAGUUUGUCGUCUUGCGGCGCUUUCUCAUUUCCGUGACACCCCCGCAGCCAUUAUAAUA